GCCAUCCCUCUCGCGCUGGCCGCCCCUCUCCGAUCGUCCAUCGCUGGCCGUCUCUCUCUGGCCAUCUCGAAUCUUGAUCCGAACUUCAACAACGGCUUCUUCAUCAUUCUCUGUGAUGAUGUCAAGUACUGGAGAGACAAAUAAUCCUCAAGAGCUCUCUAUCACUAAUUCUCCAUCUCAUGCAAAGGUAUGUCUUCCUAAAGACAAGGGUCGUAAAUCUGACGUUUGGGAUCAUUUUACAAAAAUUGUAAAUGACGGGGAUGGAAAAGCGAAAGGGGCUAGAUGUAACUACUGUAGUUCAUCCUAUGCAUGGUUGAGUGAGAAUGGGACUAGCACUUUGAGAAAACAUAUAUCAAAGUGUCCCAAGAAUUUCCAAAAUAAAGACAAGAAACAGAAACUUUUGUCAAUGCAUUCAAUAUCAGAAGAUGGUGGUAGUACCCUUGGUGUGUGGAAAUUUGAUCAAGAUCUAUGUAGAGAAGCACUUGCAAAAAUGAUAAUCGUAGAUGAGUUGCCUUUCAAGUUUGUUAAGCAUGAAGGAUUUCGUUACUUUUGUAGCGUCAUGCAACCUAAUUUCAAAAUAUUAUCACGUACUACAAUGGCAAGGGAUUGUAUGGCAUUGUAUGUGAGUGAGAGAAAAAAAACGAAGGAUUUAUUAGUGAACUCAAAUCAAAGAAUUUGUCUCACUACGGAUUCAUGGACCUCAGUGCAGAAUCUUUCUUACAUGUGCCUUACAGCUCAUUUUAUCAAAGACUGAAAAUUGCAUAAAAGAAUUUUAAACUUUUGUGUGAUUUCUAGUCACAAAGGUGAAGAAAUUGGUCGAGCAGUGGAGGCGUGUUUAAUGGAAUGGGGUAUAGAGAAACUAUGCACGCUUACUGUGGAUAAUGCAAGUUCCAACGAUGUUGCUAUUUCAUAUAUGAAAAGAAAGAUGUCUAAGAAGAGUGAUACUUUCAUUUUAGGCGGCGAAUUCUUUCACAUGAGGUGUUGUGCACAUAUUCUUAAUUUAAUUGUGAAAGAUGGGUUAAUUGGAUUAAAAGAUUCAUUAACUCGAAUUCGUG